AGUAGUCUCCCUUUAGUUCGUGGAAUUCUUUACAACUGAAGCAGUUGCCAAUAGCAAUUGAUACACAAACAAGGCACGUGUGAAAUAUGAUUUUGACUGAGGAACUUUAGGAAAAGAUAGAGAGAAAAAUAUGGUUGCAAUUACAGAGGACCUCCUUAGGAAAAGGGCCGAACACAACAACUGUGAGAUUUCCACCCUUGAAGAAGUUUCUUUACACCAGCAAGAAAUUGAAAGGAUUGAAAACAUUGAUAAAUGGUGCAGAGAUCUGAAGAUUUUAUAUCUCCAGUGUAACCUGAUUCCUAAAAUAGAACAUGUCAACAGACUAAAGAAGUUGGAAUACUUAAAUCUGGCGCUCAAUAAUAUCGAACGGAUCGAGAAUAUAGAAGGUUGUGAGUCUCUUAAGAAACUUGAUCUGACAAUUAACUUCAUUGGGGAAAUAACGAGCAUCAAAUGUCUCCAGAAUCUUGUACACUUCAAUGAACUAUAUUUAAUGGGGAACCCUUGUGCUGACUUCGAUGGUUACCAACACUACGUUAUUGUCAUUCUGCCAAACUUGAAGAUUUUGGAUGGCAAAACUAUUGAGAAAUCUGAGAGAAUUCUUGCAAUGCAGAACUUCAAAGCUACGGAGGAGAAAAUCUUGAGACAAGAAGAAGAAUAUCUACAGAAAAGAAAAAAGCAAAAGCAAGAAGCAGAUUCCAAGAAUAAUGGAAAGGAUUCCACAACAUUGACCGAGGAAAACAAUUAUGAUGACGAUUCCACUUCACACAGCCUGGAAGUCCAAGACGACAACAAUGGCAAGACGGAGGAAGAACUGGAGAAAGAUGCCAAUGACGAAAACCUCAAAAAACCACGAAGACUUUUCAACAACGAAGGAAGAGCCUUUAACAUGAACGAACCAAAGAUUAACUUCACAUUAAAAGACCAAAAUGAAGAGAAUGCUUAUCUUCUUGAUAUGGCUUGUUACAAAUUUCUGGAUACACACCUAAUAGAUGUUGAUGUUCAACCACUUUAUGUCCGAGCAACUAUCAAAGGAAAAAUUUUCCAACUGUCGUUAAACGAAGAGGUCAGUCCAGACAGAAGUACAGCUAAAAGGUCACAGACCACUGGUCACCUUCUUAUUACAAUGCCAAAGAUGAAACCAAUAAUUCAACCAACAAACAGAAAAAAUAAAAGACAAGAGAAGAAAAAUGAGGAACCAAAGCCGAAAACUGAACGGGCCCAGGUUGAACGGCUGGAAGUUGGUGAAAACCUAACGAAAGUCGAUUACUGCAACAUUAUUAAUGAAAAUAACCAAAAACAGGCUGUGGUGAAAGAGGAACAAGCAGUGAUAAAGAAAUGGUCUGCGAUGUACGAAGACCGAAAGAAUUCUGAAGGUUUUGUUGACGACCCUGAAGUACCAGAACUGAUAUGAACCAAUCUCCAUGGCUUUCUAACAAUCAUCAUGGCUCCAUACAGACUGAGACACUGGAGGAGGUUGAAAACUGCCUGGUGGUGGGCGCCAAGGAGCUACAUCUGUUCUGUUGUUAUUACAUCUAUCAGAUGGAGAAAGAACAAGUGAUAAUAAGUGUGUGUGUAUAUGUUUGAGUGUAUGUAGCAUGAAUGAAUGUGGUAGAGUGUAUGUAUAUGUAUAUGUUGUGAGAAUUUACAAAAAAAACAACAAAAGACGAAGGUGGGUGUGUAAACAACAAACAGAUGUAUUAGUUUAACGCUUGGGAAAGUGAGAAAGUCUUUUAUGUUUCGAGCUUAUGCUCUUCGACAGAAAGGAACUCAGAAAUAAACAGGGAGAAAAAAUAGAAAAUAGAAUAUGUA